AUGGCGGCUGGAGAAGAGAAGAUAUUGGUGUCGGUGAGGGUUAGGCCAUUAAACGAGAAAGAAAAGACAAGAAAUGAUGGAUGUGAUUGGGAAUGCGUCAACAACACCACAAUCAUCUGCAAGUCCCAUAACUUGUCUGAUAAGCCUUCCUAUACAUUUGACAAGGUGUUUGGAUUCGAAUGCCCCACAAAGCAAGUGUAUGAUGAUGGAGCCAGAGAGGUUGCACUUUGUGUCCUCUCCGGAAUUAACUCGAGCAUCUUUGCGUAUGGACAGACAAGUAGUGGUAAAACGUAUACAAUGAGUGGAAUCACUGAAUUUGCAAUCGACGACAUCUUUGUUUACAUUAACAAGCAUAAACAAGAAAGAAAAUUCACUCUAAAAUUCUCAGCGAUGGAGAUCUACAAUGAAGCUGUGAGGGAUCUCCUUUGUGAAGAUCAUAAUACUCCACUUAGGGUUCUUGAUGAUCCAGAGAGAGGAACAGUCGUUGAGAAACUUAAAGAAGAAACUCUCACAGACAGAAACCAUCUAGCAGAACUCCUUUCUAUAUGCGAGACUCAGAGGAAGAUUGGAGAGACGUCUUUAAAUGAGGCUAGCUCAAGAUCUCAUCAGAUUCUUCGACUGACAAUCGAAAGCUCAAACCGAGAGAUGAGUUCUUCAGAGAGCUCAGCGACUCUUGCAGCAUCAGUAUGCUUUGUGGAUCUAGCAGGAAGUGAGCGUGCUUCUCAGACAUUAUCUGCUGGUUCAAGACUCAAAGAAGGAUGCCACAUUAAUAGAAGUUUACUUACUCUCGGAACUGUCAUCCGAAAACUCAGCAAAGGGAAGAAUGGGCACAUACCAUAUAGAGACUCAAAGCUAACUCGUAUACUUCAGAACUCACUGGGAGGAAACGCAAGAACGGCUAUCAUAUGUACAAUGAGCCCUGCUCAUAGUCAUCUUGAACAAUCAAGAAACACACUUCUCUUUGCAACUUGUGCUAAAGACGUGACCACAAACGCUCAAGUCAAUAUGGUUGUGUCUGAGAAAGCUUUGGUGAAGCAGCUGCAACGAGAACUUGCGAGGAUGGAGAAUGAGUUGAAGAAUCUUGGACCUUCCUCAACUUCUGAUGAGUUUUAUGCAUUGCUCAAACAGAAAGAAGAGUUGAUCGAAAAGAUGGAGGAACAGAUUCAAAAACUUAAAUGGCAACGAGAUGUAGCUCAAUCUCGGGUAGAGAAUUUGCUUAAAUCAACAGCGGAAGAUCGAUCAUCUUCAAGUUCAAUGGAGAACAGCAGAAGAAAAAGCUACGAUUCAAGGGAUCUUGAUGAGCCUCGUAUGCUAAAUAACUUGGGAAAGAGUAACUUAUACUCUCCUGAUGAAGAUGGCUUCCUGCUAGAAGAUACAGCUCCUCAGUUUUCAGGUCAUGACCUCUACGUUAAGUGGGAAGAGAUGGCUGAAAGAGCCACCCAAGAACCAGAAGAUGCUUGCAAAGAAGUUAGAUGCAUUGAAGAAAACAGUGGAGUAGCAGAAAAGUUUAAAUUCCAAGACUCACAAGAGGACAUUGUUGAAAAGAAAGCUGAGUCAUAUGAAGAACAGAACAAAGCUGAGAAUGAAGCUAUGGAGUCAAAAAAGGAAGAUGAUGAUUCAUCUUUGAAAACAACAGAUGUGAAGUUGAGUUUACAUGCUAAACUUGAAGCUGAAGAUAAGCUAACUAUAAAGAAGUUAGUACAAGAAGUCCAAGAAACAGAGCAAUAUGUGGAGGAACAAAGGCAAUCUCCAAAGAAAGAAGAUAUGGAAGAGAGUUUGUCUAAGGAUCAGUCAUAUUUGGGAUACAAACAAAACUACAAAUCUCUUAUAGAAGAUGAGACUGAAGCUAUGGAGUUAGAAAAAGUAGAUACUAAUUCAUCUGUAAAGAAGAUAGAUAUGGAGUUGAUGAGUUUACAUCCUAAACUUGAAGCUGAAGAUAAGCUAACUAUAAACAAGUUAGUACAAGAAGACCAAGAAACAGUGAUACCUAUGAACGACAAAUAUUUUGUGGCCAAUGAGAAAGCUGAGAAUGAAGCUAUACAUUCAGAAAUGGAAGAUGUUGAUUCAUCUUUACAUGCUGAACUUGAAGCAGAAGAUGAUUUAAGUGUAAACAUGUUAGAAGAAUCGCAAGAGACUGAGGAAUCUGUGGAGAAAGAAGAAGCAAAAGAGUAUGGAGAUUCUGAUAAAGAUGACAAUACAUAUGAGGCUCUGAAGAACAAGGUGAAGGAAAUGCAGAAGACAAUCGAAUACUUUAUGAGUAUGCAAUCAGCAGAAGAGAAACAAUCUCCCUCUUUCAGUACAAUAGAUGACAACACGAGUCCAGGAGGAGAUUACUUCAACAACAACAAGAUGAGAAGAAGCAGAAGUUGCAGAGAGAAUCUCUUGUUUACAAACGCUGUUGCAGCUGCUGCUACUGGACGCUUCACAUUCAAGACCUCUACUAACACUUCCUUUGAUGCACAGAGCACUAAAGAUUCAGAUACAGAGACUAGCAGCUUCCAUGAGUUUAUAGCAGGACUUAAAGAAAGAACAAUGCAGCAUCAUUCCACGCCUGAAACGAAUAAGAUGAAGACACAGAAAAGAGAAGAUAGCGGAGAGAGAGCAGAGUUUGAGAGACAGCAGAGUCAAAUCAUUGAGCUUUGGGAAGUGUGUAAUGUACCUCUUGUUCACAGAACAUACUUCUUCUUGCUCUUCAGAGGCGAUCCAACGGACUUUGUUUACAUGGAAGUGGAGCUUAGGAGGCUUUCUUUCCUGAAGGAUUCGCCGGAGACAUCGAGGAAACAAAGUGCUAAAGCAGUAGCACGUGAGAGAGACUGGUUAGCUAAGCAAAUACCGAAGAAGUUUGGGAAGAAGGAAAGAGAAGAAGUUUACAAGAAAUGGGGUGUUGAAUUGAGCUCAAAGCAGAGGAGCUUGCAAGUGACUCACAAACUAUGGAUCAAUGCUAAAGAUAUUGAGCAAUGCAGAGAGAGUGCUUCUCUUGUGGCUACUUUGGUUGGUUUUGUUGACUCAAAUCUGAUUCCAAAGGAAAUGUUUGGACUUAGCUUCUCGCCUACAACACCACUCAACGUUAAAUCCUCUGGCUGGAGUUUUUCCAACUCUUUCUCUCGUAUUAGCUUGACUUAA